AUGGCUCUUUAUUUUUCACUCAUACUCCAUGGUAUGAGUGAUCUUUUCUUUCUCUCUACAGGUUAUCUAAGAGCGAGCUGUAUGAUGGAGUCCAUGGAACUAUUAAAUCAAUCUCAAGUGUCAGAAUUCAUUUUGCUGGGUCUGACCAGCUCCCAGGAUAUAGAGUUUCUUCUCUUUGCCCUCUUCUCUGUUAUCUAUGUGGUCACAGUUUUGGGUAACCUUCUUAUUAUAGUCACAGUGUUUAAAACCCCUAACCUGAAUACUCCCAUGUAUUUUCUCCUUGGUAAUCUCUCUUUUGUAGAUAUGACCCUUGCUUCCUUUGCCACCCCUAAGAUGAUUCUGAACUUGUUAAAAAAGCAGAAGAUAAUUUCUUUUGCUGAGUGCUUCACUCAGAUAUUUCUCCUUCACUUACUGGGUGGGGUUGAAAUGGUACUGUUGGUGUCCAUGGCUUUUGACAGAUAUGUGGCCAUUUGUAAGCCCCUACACUACAUGACCAUCAUGAACAAGAAGGUAUGUGUUUUGCUUGUAGUGACCUCAUGGCUCUUGGGUCUCCUUCACUCAGGGCUUCAGAUACCGUUUGCUGUGAACUUGCCCUUUUGUGGUCCCAAUGUGGUAGACAGCAUUUUUUGUGACCUCCCUUUAGUUACUAAGCUUGCCUGUGUAGACACAUAUCUUGUACAAAUAGUCAUUGUUGCCAACAGUGGCAUAAUCUCCCUGAGCUGUUUCAUUAUUUUGCUUAUCUCCUACAGUCUGAUCCUCAUAACCAUUAAGAACCACUCUCCCACUGGGCAAUCUAAAGCCCGUUCCACUUUGACUGCUCACAUCACAGUGGUGAUUCUCUUCUUUGGCCCGUGCAUCUUCAUCUAUAUCUGGCCCUUCAGCAACUACUCUGUAGAUAAGUUCCUUGCUGUAUUUUACACCAUCAUCACUCCUAUCUUGAAUCCAAUUAUCUAUACUCUGAGAAACAAAGAAAUGAAGAUAUCCAUGAAAAAACUCUGGAGAGCUUUUGUGAAUUCUAGAGAAGAUACUUAG